GCUGAAGAAACAAUGGGAACUCCCAUCACUUGCAACCCUGGUGGUUUCUCCCCAUGACCCGUCUUAGACAGUGGCAAAACGCCGCCAUCUUUCCUGAAACCAUCCUCAUUCACCCUGGGGAUGAAGUUUGAAACCAUGGCAGCGGUAGCCUCUUCCUGAGAGCCAAUGUAGUCCUCCUCUAAUGGGAAAUGCCCAAAAUGUUAACAUAGGAAUCCCUCAGCGUGAAGAAUAAGCCCAAUGGAAUAAUCCAGUCUUCCUCCUCCAAGUCCAAAGUAGUUGUUGCUCUGGGGAAAAACGGUAAUAGGGUCACCUUCUGUGACCACGGAACGCAUCAUGUCUUCUGCGAAGCCAGAACCGUCUGCUACGUCUUCAGAGACCUCUGACGACAGUCUCGAGGAUGAGAAUGUCUUGAAGAGAGUUGGCAGCCUCCCCUUGGUGUGCUCUGUUUGCGACUUAGUUUCUUCAAACUACACCUCCAUCAAGAGAAAAAGCUCCUACCUUCAGACAGUGUGUGGCGGGGCAGAGAAAGGCAUGAAAACCAUCACUGGAGCUGCCAUCAACAAGGCACAGCCACUUCUGACUACAUUUGAACCUCAGAUUGCAACAGCAAACAGGUUCGCCUGCCGGGGCUUAGAUACAGUGGAAGAGAAGAUGCCCAUCCUUCAACAGACGGCUGAUCAGGUUGUCUCUGGUACGAAGGAGAUGAUGUCUUCUAAAGUCACAUGUGCAAAGAGCGCCAUGACCCGCAGGCUAUCGGGGAUGGUUGACAUGACCAGAGAUGUUGUCCAGGGUAGCGUGAGGACCACAACGUCCAUGGUGACUGGGAGUAUGAGCCUGUUGAUGGGGACGAGAGUUGGCCAGAUGGCCAGGACCAGUGUGGACACCAUGCUGGGCAGGUCCCAUGCAUUUAUAGAUCACUAUCUCCUGGUUGCCGAUGAUGAUAUGAAUGAGACUCGGACAUGUUCUAAAUGUGGAUUAGGGGAUUCCAGGGAGGAAGUGCAGGCACAGAUCAGGUGCGAAGGGUACAUGGUCUGCUUGCUUUCCUUGCUGAACAAAUUCCAACACUAUGCUUCGAUGCAGUCUCAGCGCCGCAUCAGCCACACGUGCCAAAGCCUCCAAAAGGUCACGGAAAACUGCUAUGCGGAAUGGAAGGCUUGGCUGGCCGCCUUGUACUAUACGGUCACACUCCCUCUGAGGACCAUCUACCUGAUCAUCCUCUUCAGUGUGGAAGAAUUAUCCUCCCAGUUUCACGAGAAUGUCCCCCAGGCCUCUUACGCCCUCGAAGAACUCAAGAUGGCACUCUCCACCCUAGAAUGCCUGCAGGAUCUCUGCCGAAGAAUCUUCACCCGAGUGUGGGAGAGAAUGUCCGAGGAGGAGAACCUGAACGCGCUUUUGAACUACGUGUCGCAAUCCCUGCCCUUUUGCUUCUUCACAAACAGCUGCAGAUGCAAGACCUGCCCGGGCAGUGCCCUUAGGGCCCUCAAGAUUGCGCGGAGCGGGCAGGCGUCUCGAAGCACCCUUUCUGGGCAGCAGGAAUCCAGGACCGGCUUCCUGGCAGCAGCAACCCCAACCACCUGAGCCCUCCGGGGUCACCUGUAGAAGGCAGAGGGAGAAGCAUGCAAUGUGGACUUGAGGGCAUUUUUAAAGGGCUUGGUUCUUAGAUUAAAUCCUAGGCACAACAGCAGCCUGGCAGUAAAUGAGUGAAUUAGA